CCAUGAUUGCCUAAUUCCCGGUCCACCAUGACAUCGAACCUGGACAGCUUCAUCCAGCGCUCUCGGCCUUUACCUGAGCCUAUAGCAACCUCACAGGAGGUCCGAGAUCGAGGAUCCACUUUCAUAGCAACAAUAUAUCGUGCUGUAACUCUGAACGAAGCUCGUGCUUGCACCAACCAUCUCAAAAAUGUGGUCCACGCGUCUAAACCUGCUUCUCACGAGAUAUCUGCGUGGAGACUCAUGGUCCCUAAGAAUGGGAAGACUGGUCUGGGAGGGCCGGAUGAUUUCCGUCUCGAAUCUGGGAGUGACGAUGACGGUGAACAAUGGGCUGGUGGGAAGGUUUUGAAAGUUAUGGAGACUCAGGCUGUCAUCGAUGCGGUGGUGAUAGUGAGUCGAUGGUACGGCGGAAUAUUGCUUGGACCAGCCCGGUUUUCUCAUAUCGAAACUUGUUCUCUCGAAGUGUGUCAGUCCUUCAAAAAGAAGGAACAGUUGGAUGAGUGUAUACUGGCCCUCAAUACCUUAGAUGAUACACUUGCCGAAUUGCGAAGAGAGCUAGCUGAACUUUCUGCUGACGACAAGGACGGGGACCAACAUUCUCAAAGCAGGAAUAAACCAGCGCCGAAGAAGCCCAACUACGCUGAGAUGACAGAAAGCGACCUGCCCAGAGCCAAGAGGUUGGUGCUUGCAAGGGAAAAUGCGGUGACUUCUGUGAAAAAGAUGAUAGCCAAGAGACGCGCCGGGAACAGUGGACCAUCGACGUGACGAUUCUGCACCCUCAAACAACAUGAAUUGAAUAGAAUCCAGUUCAACCAUGUCCGAGAUCAUCAUGGCCAAACACGAAACCAUCGGUCCUAUCAACAUCCCGCGGCAAUUCAUCUUGCGAAACCAACUGAAAAGCGGUGGCGAAGGUGGACUGAGUGAAGUGCCUUGAAGAUUUCAAAUUUCAAAUUCCGACAGGUUGCUGGCGCCCUAAUAGAGCGCCCUGGGCGUGCUUCACACUGACGCUUAUCUAUCUAUUGGUGAAAAAUUGGUGCGUUGGUGCGUCCCGUAGGGUUUCCUGUCCUCAGCUAGUAAUAGCCAUCCAAUAACGAGUCCAUCAGGCUGACGCCAUACCAUGGAAUUACUUGAAUUAAUUAUAAUUCUCCAAAUUGUGACUUUUCGUGAACAACAAUAUACGCCUCAGUCCUCAAAUUGCCAUGAAAGAAACUCUACACCCUUCCCAGUCGACGGUCUCUCAGUUCAAUCCAAAAGGGGGGAAUAAGUUCGGCACUGUAGACUACAAGGUUGAACU